UAGAAAAACCUUUCAUUAGAAACCAAACUUCCAGUGGUGUUGUAAAACUGAAAUAUCAAGAUAGACUCCGUUUCAGGACGACGGUGGAGAGUUAAGCUGCGAAUCGAACUCGCUUCCUUCCUUCCUUGCGACACUUCUUCACAUUGACAAGAACAAGUCUUCUCCAGGUCCAACUUUUGAAACCGAGGUUUCAUGAGCUCAAUUUUGACGGUGCGUGCUGGUUAGGACUUUAUUAGAUCUGAUUUUUGUUGCUUGAUUAAAACUCAAAUAAAAGGCCAUGCAGAAAGAUAAUGCCUCUUUUGUACCUUCUGGGCGGCUUCGACACAGGAAACGGUCAAAUGAGAUUCUUACCGAGGUUAGCAAAGAAAAUGGAAACCACCUACUGAUUAAUGACCAGAACAAGUAUAAGUCCAUGUUGACACGUAUCUACUCAUCUAUUUGGAUGAUUGUCGGCUUUUCUCUGAUAAUCUAUUUGGGCCACCUAUACAUUUGGGCUAUGGUAGUCAUCAUCCAAAUCUUUAUGGCGAAGGAGUUGUUCUGUCUACUUAGGAGAGCACAUGAAGAUAGGCACCUACCUGGAUUUAGGCUCUUGAAUUGGCAUUUCUUCUUCACUGCAAUGCUGUUUGUAUAUGGCCGCAUUCUCAGUCAAAGGCUUGUUAAUACUGUCACCAUGGACAAGUAUUUGUCUCAGCUUGUGAGCAGUUUUAUCAAGUACCACAAUAUUACGUGCUAUUUCUUGUAUAUUGCAGGCUUCAUGUGGUUCAUCCUUACACUAAAGAAGAAGAUGUAUAAGUACCAAUUUGGUCAAUAUGCAUGGACACAUAUGAUCCUAAUUGUGGUGUUCACUCAAUCAUCUUUCACUGUAGCCAACAUCUUUGAAGGGAUGUUCUGGUUCCUACUUCCCGCAACCCUUAUCGUAAUCAAUGAUAUAGGUGCAUAUUUCUUUGGCUUCUUCUUUGGAAGAACUCCCUUGAUCAAGCUAUCUCCUAAGAAGACAUGGGAAGGAUUUAUUGGAGCAUCAGUUACAACCAUCUUCUCUGCAUUUGUACUUGCAAACAUUUUGGGCAAGUAUGAGUGGUUAACAUGCCCAAGAAAGGAUUUGUCAAUUGGGUGGCUUCAUUGUGAUCCUGGUCCACUAUUUAAGCCUGAGUAUUUCACUUUACCCCGGUGGAUUUCUGGAUUGUUUACAUGGAAAGAGAUCUCUACUUUGCCGGUUCAAUGGCAUGCAAUAUGCCUUGGACUUUUCGCAUCAAUAAUUGCCCCGUUUGGAGGUUUCUUUGCUAGUGGUUUCAAAAGAGCUUUCAAGAUCAAGGAUUUUGGAGAUAGUAUUCCUGGACAUGGUGGAAUAACAGAUAGAAUGGACUGCCAGAUGGUGAUGGCCGUUUUUGCGUACAUCUAUCAUCAAUCGUUUAUUGUAUCCCAAAGUUUAUCAGUUGAGACAAUCCUGGACCAAAUAUUGAUGAACCUAACUUUCGAGGAGCAGCUAAUUCUAUAUUCAAAGCUGGAACAGAUGGUACAAGAUAUCAGGUAGUUUAUGUUCUCCAAUGAUCUUUCUUCAUAUCUAUAUAUAUCUAUUUUAAACAACCGGAGGCAUUCCCUAUCUCGCGGACAAAUUGUGUAAAGUUUGUGUUUAAGGUGAUUGAUUGUACACUACAGUACUAGUCCUUAACAUGCAGAAGAAGUUAAUUGGUUACAGUUAAUUAAAAUAGUUAUUGUUAUUAUUAUUA